UUCAUCAAAACAAACAAAUUACUCCGGGAUUGUUUAUCGCUUUCAGUUUCUUUGCAUCGAAAAAUACAUUAAAAAUGGUCGAGGAAACGGUACCGGUGGCAAAAACAAAGACUAAAAUGGCACGACCGAAACCGGUGUACAUGUGGACCGUAGCCGAUACGCUGAAAUGGUUGCGGCGGCACUGCAACGAACGGUGCGCCCAGUAUCAGGAUGUUUUCCAACGGCAUGAAAUAACGGGACGCGCGCUGCUGCGGAUAACGGAUGAUUCACUCUACCGGAUGGGCAUCCGAGAUGAGAAGGACCGCGACGACAUUCUGCGGGAGAUUAUCAAGCAGCGGCUAAAGACGGACAUUAUGGAGAUACGUGAUAUGGAACUGAUGAACAACGUGUACGAAAAUUGUUACUAAAAAUAGGUUCGCCGGAAACACAUCUCCGCCACAGAGGGUUGUCAAUCACUGGGCAGUGUCCCCGCGCGAUAGUUUAUUGGUGUCUUUACAAGCUUGGAAUUCUUUUGAGGAAUGGUUUUGUAUAAUGCUUAACACUUACACCAUCAUGGAGUGUGAAUUUUUUAUCUAUAAAAUUUAAAGAAGGAAAAUUCCUCUUAACUAACAAAAGAAUUAAAUUGAAAUAAAUAUGUUGUGUACAAAUAA